AUGUCUUUCAGUGAAAAAGUUGCAACUUCGAGUUCCAACGCUAAAAGCUCAAACAUAGAAAAGUCUUCAGACUUCAUAGGAGCAGAUUCAAUUGAAGAAGAAACUGCAUUACAACAUGUUGAAGUUAAAAGAUCUUUGAACGCCAGAAUGAUCUCAAUGAUUGCCAUUGGUGGUACUAUUGGUACAGGUCUUUUUAUCUCUACUGGUGGUACAUUAGCCGAUGCCGGUCCAGUUUCUGCAUUGAUUUCAUUUUUAUUCAUGACUUCUUUAGCAUUCUCCGUUACUCAAUCCAUUGGGGAGAUGGCUACAUUAAUUCCAUGUUCUGGUUCUUUCAAUCAAUUCGUUGCUAGAUGGUGUUCUCCAGCUUUAGGUGCUGCUAAUGAAUUAUCUGUUGUCGGUCAAGUCAUUCAAAUGUGGACUGAUGCUGUUCCUUUAGCUGCAUGGAUUUCUAUCUUUUUCGUCAUUUUGACUGUAUUUAAUCUCUUCCCAGUUAAGUAUUAUGGUGAAGUUGAAUUCUGGAUUGCCUUCAUGAAGGUUAUCGCUGUUGUUGGUUGGUUAUUGUAUGCUUUCAUCAUGGUUUGUGGAGCUGGUAAAACUGGUCCAGUCGGUUUCAGAUACUGGAGAAACCCUGGUCCUUGGGGUCCAGGUAUUUUAGUUGAAAAUAUCAACACUGCUAGAUUUUUAGGUUGGUUAUCUUCCUUAAUUAAUGCUGCUUUCACAUUUCAAGGUACUGAAUUGGUGGGUAUUUCAGCUGGUGAAUCAGCUAAUCCAAGAAAGACUGUCCCUUCUGCUAUCAGAAAAGUCUUAUUUAGAAUCUUGGUUUUCUACGUCUUGUGUAUGCUCUUUAUUGGUUUAUUGGUUCCAUACGAUGAUCCAAAAUUAGCUGCUAAUGGUUACUAUACUGCUUCCUCUCCAUUCAUUGUUGCCAUGUUAAAUUCAGGUACCAAAGUUUUACCAGAUAUCUUCAAUGCUGUCAUUUUAAUUACCAUUAUUUCUGCAGGUAACUCUAACGUCUAUUGUGGUUCAAGAAUUCUUUAUGGUUUAGCUGAAGCUAAAGUUGCACCUGCUUUUUUGAAGAAAACUACUAAACAUGGUGUCCCAUAUGUUGCAGUUUUAUUCACUGCUGCUUUUGGUUCUUUAGGUUACUUAGCUUGUUCAAGUCAAGGUAAUAAUGCUUUCAAUUGGUUAUUAAACAUCACUGCUACUGCCGGUUUAAUUGCUUGGGGUUGGAUUAGUUACACACAUAUUAGAUUCAUGAGAAUCUUAAAGUCAAGAGGUAUCUCUAGAGACUCUUUACCAUUCAAGGCUAUGUUCAUGCCAUGGGGUGCUUAUUAUGCUGCUAUUUCUAUCUUUAUCCUUGUCUUCAUUCAAGGUUUCCAAGCUUUCUGGUCCAUCAAUGCUAGCAAAUUCUUUACUGCUUACGUUUCCAUUAUUCUUUUUGUUGUUUCUUUUGUAUUUUUCCACUUUUACUUCAAUGGAUUUGGUGCUAAGGCUUGGAAAUGGUCUACAGUAUUUAUCCCAUUAGAUGAAUGUGAUAUUGAUUCUGGUGUUAGAGAAAUUGAUGAUUUGGUCUGGGAAGAAGAACCUCCAAAGAACAUCUGGGAAAAAUUCUGGAACUGGUUAGCUUAAAGCAGUUCCUUUUCUAUAUUUCACAUUUUACUUUCUUAAUCGCAUUAUUCAUUUAUUUCUUAGUCAUUAUCAUUAAUUUUUUUAAUUUUAUUUUGGGCAUUUUUCAUUUAUUUUUGUAUUGCAUUAUAAUAUAUUUUUAACUUUUAUUCACCUCAAUGUAAGUCCUCACCUUAAUGUAAGCCUUUUGGAUUCCGGAUUAAGCUAACAGUUCAGAAUACAGUCAUUAUGACUCUAUUUAUCAGCGACACAAAGUUU